AUGACCGAGACCUUGUUCCCCUACAUCAAAGACAACGUGAAGGAGUAUCUGCAUGCUCACUGGGGGGAGGAGGAGUGCCAGCAGGACGUCAGACUUCUGAGGAAACAGGCUCAGGAGGACUCUAGCUUGGAAGGGGCUGUGCCGAUACCUUUGGAGAGUGGAAGCGGGGUAGAAGAACUGGAGUGGGUCAUCCAGGCGGUUGCAGACAACGUGCACUGGCAGAUGUCUCUGGACAGGAAGACCACAGCACUGAAGCAGCUGCAGGGUCACAUGUGGAGGGCAGCCUAUGCAACCGGGCACGUGAAAGGAGAAAUCUUCGAGGACGUGGUUCCAGCCAUCCGGAAGUGGCGGGAAGCGGGGAUGAAGGUCUAUAUCUACUCCUCAGGCAGCAUUGAAGCCCAGAAGCUUCUGUUUGGAUACUCUACAGAAGGUGAUAUCCUAGAGCUCUUUGAUGGCCACUUUGAUACCAAAAUAGGCCCUAAGGUAGAAAGUGAGAGCUACAGAAGGAUUGCGGCCAGUAUUGGGUGUGCCACCAACAACAUCCUCUUCCUGACAGAUGUCCCUCGAGAAGCCAAGGCAGCCGAGGAAGCGGAUAUUCACGUGGCUGUGGUGAUCAGACCAGGCAACGCAGGACUGAUGGACGAUGAGAAAUCGUAUUACAGCCUCAUCUCAUCUUUCACUGAACUUUUCCUGCCUUCCUCCACUUAGGGAUAGCAGUGCACACACAAAAGACUGUGCUUCACCUGAAUUGUUCUUGUGUAAUGUUAGGUAAUUUUGUCCAUAAUCAGAAUUUAAAACCAAACCCACAUCACGUCUUGCAACCGCAACUAGUGCAGGCAGGUAUGGAUGGGGAGUAUGGUGUGGGGUCCCU